AUGUACGCCAUGUCCCGCAACGACGUGCGAGACGUCGACCGUCGCCGCAAACAACGCGACCUCAAGCGGCUGUACCGCGAACGCUGCAGAAACGAUGUGCAGGCUAUGCAGACGCAAGUGGCUCAGCUCGAGCGCACGCUCGACGUGCUGCUUGGCGCCCACCGAGACACGACUUCGCCGUCCAGUCGGGCGCUGUCUCUGCUCAAGGAGCAAUACGCGACAGCGACGGACGAGCUGAAAGCGCUGCGCCGUGCGGCCGCAGCGGCGCAGCGAAAGUUGGCCAAGUACGACGGGUUUGCGUCGUCGCUCACAGUGUAUUUGGCCGACGUCGACGCGGCGCCCGCUGUCCCGGCGGCAACGCUGGCGCUCGACCCGUUGUCGCUACCAGAGUCGGUUUCUACCACAGACCCGCGCGCGCGAUUGACGUUGGAAGAGUGUCAGGAACUGAUCAAGAAGUGCUACGACGAGAUCUAUGGCCGGCGGUUUCACGGACAGAGCUUGAGCUCGGGCAUGCACAUGCUGGGCUGGGAGGACCAAAUGUUCCUCGACGGCACGACGGUGCAGUUCUCGAUGACGAAGCGGAUCAACGGCAUGUCAGCCCACGCGCUCAUGAACAAGACGUGGGCCAUAUUGACCACCGCAGAGCACAUGCGCACGAUCCAGUAUUCGACGCUUGGCCUAAAGGUGCUGCAUAAGAUCAGCGAAGAUGCACUGGUGCUCCAGCGCUGCGUGCACCACCCGCAGCUGAAAACCGUGUCGUGGAACAGUAUGGUCAUGUUCCGGCUACGCUGUCCUCGUGGCUAUGUGCUAGCAUACCAGGCUGUUGACCAUCCAGCCUACGCCAAAGUGCACACCGAGGCCUGUAGUGGGCAUGAGUUCCUCUGGGACCAAGACUCGCGACCCAAGUUUUCCUGCGUCAAGACGUUUCAGUGGAUCCUCUUCGAGGGAGACGAGCAUCUUGGCUCGGGCAUGGACAGCGAGGGCUUUGAUUUCGAACUGCUGAGUUCCACCAGCGACCGCAAAGGUCCGUCGUUUUCCGACGUCCGAACGGAUGCAUCGAGAAGAAGCAGAAGAGGAAAGAGCGAGGCUCGAGAGCCGUUCCAAGAGCCGUCGCAUUGCGCGUCCGGUGUCAAAGUCUCAUAUGGGGGCAAAGUGGACAACCAGGACGCGUCCUACGCUCGUUUCUACAUGUUUGAGGUUCUCACAUACAUUAUCCGAUGGGAGAAUGCCGUCGGCUCUGCGCGGCUCACGUUUUGA